UUUUUUGGAAUUUAAGAUGGUACUCGACAUAGCCUCAUUCAGGCUCGAGACUGGCGGAAACCCGGAUGUAGUUAGGGAAAGCCAGAAAGCUCGUUAUUCUAGCAUCGAAGCCGUGGAGCAGGUUAUUGAAAAAGAUAAACAAUGGAGAAACAAAAGAUUUGUUGGUGAUAAACUAAACGCGGCUAGAAAUAUCUGCAGCAAGGCAAUUGGCUCAAAGAAAAAAAAUAAGGAAGCAGAAGGAGAGUCAGAUGAGAUUCCGGAAACAAUAAAAAGCGACCUGCUCAACCUCAACUCGGAGUUAGCCGCUACUUUAGAAAUAUCUCAGCUGAAGAGUCUCUCAACGUACAUAACCUCACAGAUAGCGGAGAAUAAAGAGCUGAUGGACAAACUGUUUUCUGAAAGAGACUCAAUUCUAUGGGAGAUUGGAAACAUUGUGCACAAAUCAGUGCCAGUAAGCGACGACGAAAACAACAAUAGAGUUGAGAGGAUAUUCGUGCCUGGAAAAGGAGUCAUCUCCGAAGUCAAGGAGGAAGAGUCGCUGAAAAACAGCAUGGAGAACUUGUAUCCGGACAAACCCUUGAACCACGUAGAUUUGAUUUUGAUGCUUGAUGGCGUUGAUUUAGAUCGGGGUGCUGCGGUGUCAGGUAGCAGAGGCUAUUUCCUCAAAGGUCCCAUAGUGUUUUUGGAGCAAGCUCUUAUCCAACUGGCGCUGCAGUCCUUACUGGACCGUGAUUAUACAGCACUAUACACGCCUUUCUUCAUGCGAAAAGAGAUUAUGAAAGAAGUUGCACAAUUAUCAGAUUUCGACGACCAGCUGUACAAGGUUGUGGGGAAGGGUUCGGAACUGAAGGAAGACAAAUCAUACGACGAGAAAUAUCUCAUUGCAACUUCUGAACAACCUAUAGCGGCUUACCAUAGAAAUGAGUGGCUGAAUGCGGAUGAGCUUCCAAUUAGGUAUGCUGGUUUCUCUACAUGCUUCCGACAGGAAGUCGGGUCCCAUGGUCGCGAUACGAGAGGAAUUUUCAGAGUUCACCAGUUCGAAAAGAUCGAACAGUUUUGCUACACCUCCCCGCAUGAUGAAAAGUCGUGGGAAAUGAUGGAAGAAAUGAUAGCAACGGCCGAAGCGUUCUACCAGAAGUUGAAAAUCCCAUACAGGGUAGUAAAUAUUGUCUCCGGAGAGCUGAACAACGCGGCUGCAAAGAAGUAUGAUUUGGAGGGCUGGUUUGCCGGCUCAAAAGCUUACCGGGAACUGGUAUCUUGUUCAAACUGUCUCGACUAUCAAGCAAGGAGGCUUAAAAUCAGGUUCGGACUCACAAAGAGAAUGAAUGAAGAUACGGAAUAUGUGCACAUGCUGAAUGCGACAAUGUGUGCAACCACGAGAGUCAUGUGCGCUAUAUUGGAAAACAACCAGACUGCAGAGGGCAUAGCGAUUCCGGAUGCGCUGAAAGAUUUCUUGCCGAGGCAGUAUAAAGAAGUAAUCAAAUUCAAAAAGAGUAUGGCGCAAGUACAGGAGGAGAACAAACUGCCAACGGGUGUGGCUGGAGACAAGGGAAAGCAAAAGCCGAAAGCAGAAGAAUGAGCUACUGCUAAUCAAUUGAAUGCUUCAAAAAUACACCUGUUGAAUUAGAUUCCGAUGAUGAGGGUCUUAUGCUAAUGCAUGAACUAUUUUGUGGCAGCUUAAAGUUUCUUUCUCAUAUUUGUCAUCUUGUGUAAAAUUGUAAAUUAUUGCAUCCAGGGGUUGUUUUGACGGGUCUGGUAAUACAUUAUUUCUAACUGGCCUGA